CUUUCACAGCUGACAACACGUCGUAAGACCUAGUUCUGUUUGAGUCUAGAUUAGGUUUUUACCCCUGUCCACUUGUUUAUUGAUUUGUAUGUUUGUGACCAAGAUAACAUAAAACCAACAUGACGGAUUGAUAUGAAACUUAUUGAAAGGAUGUGCUAUGGGUCAGUGAAGAACUCUCUUAAUGUUGGUGCAGAUCUGCUUUAGAGGGUGGAUCCAGGAAUAUUAUCUUCUCUACUAUUUUGAGAUAGAUUUGUUUUUUUGACAUUUUCACAUUAUAGAAGUUAGUCUGCUAUAGUUCCCAAUCCAAUCACAGUGGAAUAUGCAUCUGUCGAGCCGCAUCAAGUGAUCCGUCAACUGAGCGUCCAAAAGAAUAGUCACCAAAACUGGAUUUAAGUGGAUUUAUCAGUGUGAUUGUGCAAUAAAGACUUGUGGGUCAACAACAGCAGCCUGUGUCCAUGCUUCUUCAGAAAUUUGCCUGCAGAUUUCACCACUCUUACUGUUUUUUUUGUCUUUGAAUUCACUCUCAUUUGUUUUUCUUGCUUCCCCCGCUUUGCCCAUCUCAGUUGUCCGUCUACCCCCUCCCACCGCUUCUUCUUAAGUUGAAUCAGUGGUCACUUACAUUCACUGGAAUCCUAGACUAUAAUAAUCCAGAUGGUGUUGAGAGGAAGUGACGAAACACUCUUCACCUCUCAGCAUCGUCAGUGGAGUAAUUCCAUGCUGAGUGUAUGAUAUCAAUAAAACAAAUGAAAUCACAUUGUUAAACUAAUUCACUGUUGCAUCAUUUUUUUUACAGCAAAGAUUUUGAAAUCAAGGGUCAAGCCAAUUUUUUUUUUUAAUUUACAAAGAUCAAGGUACUCGUUCUCAUAUACACUGUAAAGUGAAGUGAAGACAGAAGGGAGCAUUAUGUUCUCAUCACAUCUGACUGUUAUGCUCCACUGGAUGUAGCAUAGUAUAUUUGUUCACUGUUUCAGACAUUAGUGUAAACGAGGCACCGAACUGCUGAACUGACAAAUAUUAUAAUGUUAAAAGAUCCACAGCAGCUGUGUUGAAUUCACUGGCAUAUUUCAACUUACUGCAUUCUUCUGUAGUUCUACACUGAGUUAAGGUCAAAACCCCUAUCUCUUAAGUGCUCACACACACACACACACACACACACACACACACACACACACACACACACAUACCUCCCCCUCUCCUCCACUAAUAAAUAAUUAUCCUUUGUGUGAUGUGGCUCUGCUCCAAGGCCAUGCAGUUUGCGUGAAGUAGCUUUUAGCAAAAGAGCGCUUUUACCAAAAUGGGAUAAUUCAGAGAAUGUUUUCUGCGUGCUUUGUUAUUUUUACAUUUUAAUUAUAACUAUAACUAACUAUGUUAUUUAAUAUGUCAAUGAAGAAAACAAAUCACAAGUAAAAACCUCCAAUAUAUCAAUUAAUAAAAAAAGCUUUUCUAAAUUUGGAUAUGUGAACGCCUUCAUUGGAAUUAAUAUAAUAGUAACUAGAACUCUCAGUUGAGUGCAAACCUUCAAACAGUGCCCUUAUUAAACCACAUUUAUAUUCACCAAAUCCAAAUUGAAUUGUAUUAUAUGCUUUCUCGCAAUGUUGGAGAAAGAGAAAAAGCCAAUCCUUAAUCUGCCCCUUUAUCAAAUCUUCAUCAAAAUAUACUGGAUUCUUUGUUUUGUGGAGAUCUGUUUUCUUGACUUUGUCUCAUCUUGCAUAAAAACAAACAAACAAACAUACAGAACAAAAAUAAUAAUAUAAGAUAAACUUAAUGAAUCAAUACAUAUUUAUAAUUAAAAUAAUAAACGUACUUAAUAAUUUACUUUUUAUAUACAGACUAUUGUCUUACCAAACCAAGUGUGGGCUGUUGUGACUCACCCGUUUUUUCCUUUUCUCGUGUCUUUUCUUUACGUUGUUGCCCCAUCCAGUUAGAAACUGGGAAAUAGUUCAUGUAACAGAUGAGUCAGAAGAGUCAGAAAUGAUGUUAAAGCUUGCGAGAAACCCACAGGUCAAAAGGGCAAAUCAUCUUAGUUUUUAUAAAAAAUAAAAUUGUGUUUUAUUUCGUUAAACUUUGAACUUUGUCGGUUUCAUUCAGUUGUACAUGUUCAGAUAUCCAUAUGUUGUGAUGUAUACACACAGGAAAAUAAAUACGUAGAAACACUCUUUUACUUGUUGUUGUCCAUACUUUAAGCCCCUUCAACGAAGUCCCUCAUUUUUCAGAGGAAUUUAAUAACAUAAAUUAAAUUAAGCACCUCAAACAUAUUCAUAAAAACUAAUGCAACUAAUCAAUUUGAACGACACUCAAACAAAGAAUCAAAAGCAACGCCCGCUCAUGCAAAUGUGCUGUUAGUCAGGAUCUGCAGAGAAGUGCACGGCCAGGGAGUCAUCUUCUUCUCAGCCUCCUUCGCUCCUCCCCCUGUCCACUGAGUUAUGCACUAUUUGAGCCUUCAGGAGAGUAAGGAAAGCCAGACAUUAUAGAGACAGAGGGACAAGGCACUGUUACCCUCACUGACUCCCUCUUCCACCGGCUGCAGAUACACAGGGAGCAUCAGAUUUGGCAGAUUUUGUUCAUCAUCGCGCCUUCAAUCAAUGCUGUCAUUUGGUUGGAAAAGAUGGCUCCUGUAGUGAUUUGCGAUAACUGAUGUUUGUUUCUGUAGAGGACUUUCCUUCGUGCUCGUUGUUUCUUCAGGUUGAGUUUUUGUUGCGCUUGUAGGAGUUUAUUACUGUGACUUUUUAAUUUCCCAUCCGUGUCUUCACUGGAAUACCCUCACUCUCCUGUGAACUGUCUCGAGCUGCCUUCAACAAUGCUGACUGAACCGUAUGGAGCCAUGUCCAUGGGGUCAGACGUUCGAGAUCUGACCCUUUUAACUCCAGCGCCUCCCAUGCCAUCCUUACCAGGAGCUGGUGGCGGCUGUGGGAUGUCCGUUGGCACUGGCCAGUGGACCCAACUGCUGGACCUCCAUCCAAGCUCUCCCUACAGCUCCCUGCCCUCCCACCCCUCCCUGAUCAAGCAGGAGCCAGGUUGGGGGACCGCGGACCCCAUAGAGGACCCUCACUGUGGACCCUGUGGGGCCUUCACAGUGCACUUCUCAGGCCAGUUCACAGGGGCAGGCCCCUGUCGGGUCGGAGCCUUCGGAGAACCAACCACAGGUCAACCCAGAGUGUUCCCCAAUGGGACCUACCUGCCCAGCUGUGUGGACAGUCCCCCUGCGGCCAGGAACCAGGGUUAUGGAGCGGUGGGUUUGGACAGCAGCCCUACUUGUGGUCACGCUGCGUCCCACCACACCCCUCAGCUCUCCAGCCUCUCCUUCAAACACGAGGACACACUGUCACCUCCAAACAACAUAGUUGACCAGCAGUACGGGCCGCCUCCUCCCAUGUUUGGUUGCCACAACCCUUCAGAAUCGUGUCCGAGCAGCCAGGCUCUGCUGCUGAGAAACUACAACAGUGACAACGUUUACCAAAUGGCAUCUCAGCUGGAGUGUGUAAAAUGGAACCAGAUGAACAGCCUGGCGUCUUCCAUGAAGAGUGUUCAUACAACCAGUUAUGACAGUGAGCCCAUAGUCCCACCUCCACCCAUGCUUGUCAGUGCUCAGUACCACAUACACGCACACAGUGUGUUCAGAGGCCUACAGGACGUCAGACGGGUACCUGGCAUCGCUCCUCCUGUUGUGAGGUCAGAGGCCAAUGAGAAGCGUCCAUUUGUCUGUGCUUAUCCAGGCUGCAGCAAGAGAUACUUCAAACUGUCACAUCUGCAGAUGCACGGCCGCAAACACACCGGAGAGAAGCCUUACCAGUGUGACUUCACAGACUGUGGCCGCAGAUUCUCCCGCUCAGACCAGUUAAAGAGGCACCAGCGCAGACACACAGGAGUGAAGCCCUUUCAGUGCGAGACGUGUCAGAGAAAGUUUUCACGGUCAGACCACCUUAAGACGCACACUCGGACUCAUACAGGUGAGAAGCCCUUUACCUGCCGCUGGUCCAACUGUCAGAAGAAGUUUGCCCGCUCUGACGAGCUGGUGCGCCACCACAGCAUGCACCAGAGGAACCUGACCAAGCUGCAGCCUGCCAUCUGAACAGCGAGGAGACGAGGAGGAGGAGGAGGAGGAGGAAGGUGACAAUAUGUUGUGCCAGCUAGUAGAGAGAGAAGCUUGGAGCCUGGUCAGCGGUUAUGGUGCCUUGUCAGACUCGCUGAUGGGAUGAGCACAGCUGAUGCCUCCCUCAGCCGCCCAGAUGACGUCGGGUUCAAGAACUCACAGAUGAUCCACGAGAUUCCCCGAGAGGCACCUGAACCAGGGCUCGCUCAUCUGACUUUAAAACUCAGACCUUGAAAGGAUACGGUAAAUCUGAGCCAAGAAGAUUUUUUUGAGGAAAAAUAUUGAUUUUUGAAAUUUCAGUACACUUGCACUGGCUUUUUGUUUUAUUGUUAAAGUUACGUCACCUUGAAAAAUGUGCUGGACCGUGUAAACUGGAUUUAGGGAAUGGACAAACUUUUUGUCCAUGAAGCUGAGCAAGGAGAAUUGUUGCUUUUGGUGGAACGUGAACAUAUAUCUUUACACUCGCCACCACCACCUUUGUAUAUGUUUGUAUUUGCCCACAUCUAUAGACAUUCCUUUUGUAUUUUCUGUGCUUUUUGUUUCAUUUAUAAAAUGUCGUUCCACAUCA